CCCGCCGUCCGGCGGCGUCGCUUGAGGAAUUCUCGAAUCUCCAAGGUAGAUGGCGCGACGAAGGUGAUUGAUUAGAAAACUCGCUGCAGUUCGCGCGAGCGGGCUUCGCGAGCGAGCGAGCGUAAAAAAAGAAUCGGAGCAAAAUAAUCGCGAGAUCCUGAGAUCUCUCUGAUCUGCGAAAAUGCAGUUUCGCGAAAGGCAGCAAUCGUUGAGACGCAGGAGGUUAUCGAUCGAGGAAACGUGCAAAAUGGCGGCGUCGCGUCGUCGGUAGUGUCCUCUGGCAACGAGUCCAAGCGAGCGCGCAUCCGAGAUCCGGACUCGUGUCCACCUUGGAGUGAUCGCGUACGAGGAGGAAGAGCGGAUCGCGUUUCUCCGUUCUCUGCUCGCGAUCGACGAUUCUGCCGUCGCGUCCGCGUCCGUGCCCGCGUCUCUGCCGCGCAUCGCCCCGCGCCACGGGAUUGCGGUUAGAAUUGCGUUUUUUUUUUUUCGAACGCGCGCGUGCCGCCAUCUACCGCGGACGUCGAUCUGACAGGAACCUAGCGGCAGGAAGGUACGGUGCAGGCGAUUGGAGCUCGCGAGCGUCUCGGCGGAAUCGAGCUUUUUUCUGCAGUCGCGCGACGCGCGAUCGCUAUUAAAGCCCGACGCGUGUCAUUGGCGUUUCCGAGAACGUCCCGUGGGACUCCGGGACCGUCGGGAUCGAACGGGACGCGCCAUUGGCCACGGACGAUCGUCUUUUUCAUCGUAGCUGAUCCCGAACGGCCGACAUGGCGGCGGCCCGAUGAGCCAAUCGCAGCGCCGCUAUCACGCGCCGCUCCGCCAUUCAGCGACGACGACGACGCUGCCGCCACCACUGUCGACCUACCGUCCACCACCACCACCACCACUACCACAGCGCGCAGCUAGAGACCCCCUUCUGGCGUAAUUCGCGUCGCCGAUUUCGCUAUCUCAAAUUUGGCGAGUGGUUUUUUUCGCGGGACGCACGACGCGUCGUACGAGGAGGUACGACGGGCAUACGGGUGUGACGGAAAGCGGCGACGGCGGAUGGUGUGCAUCGCCGCGAGGGCAUCGCGUCGCGGCGGCGGCGGCGGCGGCGGCGGCGGUGAUUGUGUUUGGUCACGUGAUCGCGCGAAACCGACCGUGGGCCCGUGAGAAAUGGCGCAAAGAUCAGAGUGCAUCGGACAUCAUGGACGGAUCCUGCUCGUUGCCGCGGCGAUGUCACUUGUGUUUGUUUACAAGCGUGCGAGCACGCGCGCCACGUGCUGAGUGAGGAGGCGAGGAGACCAGGGAGAGGAGAGGAGAGAAGUGGAGAGAGAGAGAGAGACGAAAAGAGGUGGCUGACGAGGUGAGCGGGAGGAGGGAAAGGCUGAACAAGCAAGGUAGGUCCGGUCGGUAGGCCCCAGUCCCCUCGCAUUCCGAAACGAGGUUGACGGCGCCGGUGCCGGCGGCAACGACGACGACGACGAUCACGAUCGGGAGGACCACGGCGACGCACGACAAUAAUGACGGGCAGGGGUUCGAAGAGGCGGGGGCGCCCACCCAAGUCCGUGGUGAUGGAACGGCCGAAGAAGUUUCAGUAUCACCUGAUGAAGAAGCCCAAGUAUCUGCAGAACAGGACGGCGCUAGGCAGCGGUGGCGCCGAGACGCCGGGCUCACAGCCGAGCACGCCGACGGCGUCCCGGCCGACGUCGCCGUCGGUCGAGAGCGAGGAGAGCAGCAAGCGCAGCACCAGGAAUCAGCGUAAGUCGCGGAACAGCCGCGAACGGCACUCCCGCAAGGGCGGCCACGCCGGAGCUACAGGUGGUGCCUAUCAGCGUCGCGGCUACAAUCCCAACGUGGACUACCAUGACUCCGAGUAUCAUUAUGGCUCCGACUUUGGUGACGAGUCCAGCGAGAAAAGCGAGCCGGAGGAGGAGCCAAUGCCGAGCGACAUGGAUACCUCGGAGAGCAUGGAGGAACCCGAUCCGUCAAGUGACAGCGACUUCUCACUGUCCAGCUACAGCACCACCAGUGGCACUCCCAGAAAAGCCCUGCUCGCCCAACAGCGGCCGCCCAGUCCGGAGCCGUUAUGGCUGCAGAACAGAGAACUGCCCCCGUUAGUGUUACCCAAAUCCUCGGACGAUCUGUUGGUCCCUAAAGAACUGGUCAUGCCAUUGCUCUCCAUCUACGAGGUACUCAGGCAUUUUCGCACCCUGGUACGCCUCUCCUGCUUCAGAUUCGAGGACUUUUGCGCCGCCCUCAUGUGCGACGAUCAAACCAAUUUGCUUGCGGAGAUUCACAUUAUGCUGAUCAAGGCACUGCUGCGAGAGGAGGACUCGCAGCAGACCCAUUUCGGUCCAUUGGACCAAAAGGAUUCGGUGAACGUUAGCCUGUAUUUCGUGGACUCUAUGACGUGGCCAGAGGUGUUGCGUUCGUACGUGGAGAGCGAUAAGAGUUUCGAUCAGAACAUUUUACAGAUAUUAGCCACCACUGAAUAUCCUUUUACUGCCAUCGAGGAUAGAAUCAAGGUCCUACAGUUUUUAACAGAUCAAUUUUUAAUCACAAACCCCGUGAGAGAAGAUCUAUUGCAUGAAGGAACCAUGCAUUAUGACGAUCACUGCAGAGUUUGCCAUCGACUAGGAGAUCUGUUGUGUUGCGAGACUUGCCCAGCUGUAUUUCAUUUAGAAUGUGUAGAACCGCCUCUGGUCGAUGUUCCUACUGAGGAUUGGCAAUGUAGUACAUGUAAAGCUCACAAAGUGACGGGUGUCGUGGAUUGUAUUCCCGAUGUCGAAAAGAAUGGGUCGCUGUGUAGACAAGAGCAUUUAGGAUUUGACAGACACGGCAGAAAAUAUUGGUUUCUUGCAAGAAGAGUUUUUGUUGAGAGCGAAGACGGCGAGGUGUGGUAUUACAGUUUACCUUUGCAAUUAGAAGAGCUGAUGCUUGUGUUAGAUCAAAAUGAAAUGGAAAUAGCGCUUUAUCGCGAAUUGUCGGAUUACAAGGAGGAAAUAGUCCGUCAAAUGGAGCUUACAGAGACCAUCACUAAUCAAUUCAAAGGAAACAAGAAAUCAUACCUGGAAAUAGAAAACAAUCUUAUACAAAAGAUGCAAAAAGAGCGACAAGAGAAACAAGAGAAAGAAGAGGAGGAGAAGAAGGAAAAGCAGAGACAGGAAGCAGAGGAAAUGAUACGCAAGAUGCAUGAGAAUGCAGAUGCUCUCAAUGAACGUACAGCAGUAAUGGAACAGGGUACAAAUGGAGCAAAAUUAUCCAGUAAUGAGUCGACUCCAGUUACACAGGUACCUGAGGUGGUCGGCGAAACUGUCGAGGUUGACGCCGAAGCGCCGUCGACCGCGACGAAUACGAACAAAAAUACGAAAACUAGUGCCUCUACGUCAUCGUCUGAAGAUGUUGAGGAAGAGACGUUAGAAGGGGAGGAGAAAGUUGGGAAAGAUGGCAAAAAGCAUACUAUCGUGACAAGAUCGAAAACUGGAUCGUUGCAACCGCGAACCUUUAACAUGGACGAUAUAAAGAGACGGAGUAUGGCACCGUUGUCGAAGGAGGAGCAAGAGAAGCUAGACAAGGCUAUAAAGGAUUCCGAAAGCGAUGGCAAUACUAGAGUAACGCGUCAGAAGGCACAUCAAAUUGCAUCUGGCACACACUUGUUCAAAUUGGGCAUGGACAACAACUUUAAGUCGUACGUCAAUCAUUAUACCACCAAUCCCAUUGCGCUAAAUAAGACUCAGAGAAACGAGGAACGCGAUAAGAAACGUCACUUGUCGCACAAGUUCUCGCUCACGCAAGCAUCGGAAUUCAAGUGGGUGGGCAGUUUAACGGGUACCCGUGCUCUGUUGGUUAGUACCUUACGCCAAACGAUUCUGCAGCUUGAAAGCAAUAUUCAGGCGUCAUUCAUGCACACCAACUGGCCACUGCUGCGCAAACCAUGGACCGCAGCGGUGGGAGCGUGUGUGAAUCCGCGAGACUUUGCGCGCACUCUCAUUGUCCUGCAGGCGUGCAUCAAAUCUGUUGUAUUCGCGAGCGUAUGGCACGACCAGCUCGGCCAUGUAAAACUGCAACGGGUGACCGCACUUGAGCGCGAGGAGAAAAAACGCCAGGAUAAGAAGGAAAAAAAGGAGAAGGAGGACGAAGAAGAGCGAAAUCGACUCUACAAUUUUGUCAAAUACACACUCGGCCUGAAGCAUCAGGUGUGGAAGCAGAAGGGUGAGGAAUAUCGGGUGCAUGGCCAAGGCGGUUGGCUUUGGGUAUCGGCUAGACGCCGUCACCGAUUCUCGGAUAUGACGAAAAUGGGCUUACGCGCCGGUCCACAGAAAAUUAUGGUACAGAUCAAGGAUCAGGGUGGCUUGAAAGUCCUCGCGCUUGACCCGCCCACUUAUGAAUUCCUCAUCAAGGAGUACUGUCCGAGUAAGACGGAGAAUGGUAUUGUGAAACAAGAAAUCAAAGAAGAAGGUGUAGAAAGCGAUGCGAUAAAACAGGAACAUAAUACGGAAAAGAUAAAAAAAGAGUCUACGACCGACGGCGAGACGAACGGUGUUGGUCCUUCUCCAUCGGUAAAACCGGAAUCCCAAUCUGUCAAACAAGAAACGAAGAUGAAUCUGUCAUUUUUAGCUGGCAUGAAAAUCGAAAAAGUUUUUACUCCGAUUACUCAGUUUGAAGAGAUCGACAUCAACAAGGCACUAACCAGUCCUGGAAGAUUGCAUUAUCCAAAAGUUGCGAAAAAGACGAGAAUCGACGAUUUCCUGCCUCGCAGAUCACACUUGAAGUUUUUGGAAGAAAGAAAGUUAUUGCAAUCUGUAAAGACGAAAGAAGCGAAUCAGACGUCAAAGCAGAAAGGUGGGGAUGGCGACUCCUCAGAGGUUGAUAUGGAAAAUCACGAAGAAAACGAUACGGAUAAUAGCGACGCUGUUGGCGGUGGCGGUGGCGGUGGCGGUGGCGGGGACGCCUCUCUGCAAGGUCUUUUGUCGUCGCCUGUCGUCAAGCAACCAAAGCAAGUGACCAAAACGGCAGUAACAGCCGCCUCUGCAUCCGCAAAAGAAAUGCUGUCGGUGAUUAGCAAGCGCAUCCAGCAGGUGCGCUUACAAUACGCGACUGUAAUGAAGCUCUGCAAGAACGACAGCUGUUACUCGCGCUAUUGUAACAUGAAUAACGCCAACAAAAACAAUGUCGUGCAAAUUAAUACCACGCAGAUCAUCACUCCGAGUACCGACACCUGUUAUUCGCCUUUGUGCAUGCGAAAGACGCGGCUGAAGCGCGAGCUGCUCGCGUUGGUACGCAAGGCAAGCAUUCUGAACAACAAUCAGUCCUCUUCCUCGUUGUCUUCGCCACAGGUCGCAGCGGCUUCCGUAAAAACGGAAACCUCGGACGAGUCAAAGGAUGCGAUCAGACGUGAUUUGGAAUCGGCAGUGGCGUCAGCAACUCGCUGCAACGAGGAAGCAGUGGCGACGAAUGUGACUAAGACAAAGAACGACGUUUCCCCUCCAAAGAAGAUCAAGCUCGAGAAUGAGCUUACGGAGAAUAGUAGCGUGACUACCGUCACAACGAGUAACGUCGUUACAACCACCACAACUAUUACGACUCAGCAGACAGUGAAGAAUGCGGACGGCGUAACACAGGAGCAUGCUGCCGUUAAUCGUAAUUCUAUGACCGUCUCUUCGAAAACUACGACCACAACGACAAAUAAGAGUGGUGCGAAGACAGUGAUGAUCGUGAACCGUAGAGGAAGGACAGUACAGCGAAGUACAUUCGUCAAAGAAUUGCACGCCGAUGGGACUGAACGGAUAUAUACGACGACGGCGACGGAGGGUAAGGUAUAUUUGAAGAAGGUGGCGUUUACGAUGGCCGAUCGUAAGAAAAAACGCACGCCAGUUAAGUAUCCACUCUGCUCGACCUUCUGUACGAAGAACAAGCAGCGCAGCAUAUUAAUACUUCCUCAGCACGAAUUGAGGAAAUUAUCCCGCGUCGGUGGUAAGAUACCCGUGCAAGGGUUUCAUCAUCAAGCCAAGGCAAAUUUGUCGGUGUGGCCGUAUCCGUGUCCCAGACCCUUGUUCAAGACUUGCUGGCUGUACAGAACGGUUGGUUUAAAGUCGCUAGCCGCUGCUGCGAUUCAGCUGAGAAUACUCUGGGCAUGUCUCAGAUGGGACGACAUGGCAGCCAAGCCGUUGUCCACCGACGGCAAGAAUCAGAUCACAACUGACACGGAGAUCAUGUCACUGGAGAUAUUGAAGCAUCGGCACGUCGGGCAGUUUCUCGACAGAGCUCAGUAUCUACGUAGGAAGGUCGUUAUACCACUCGAACUUCCGAAACAAGUCAGAGAGGUAACGUCUAUAAGGAGCGGUCUGAGAAAAAGAAAACGUCCUGAAUCUCCACAGAGCACCGAACCACAAGUCACUGAAGAAUGGGUCGACGAGGACAAGUUGGAACUAUGGGAGAUCAAACAAUACGGCGACAGGUUAGAGAAGGCUAAUGCGCAGAUUAUUACUAGGAGUCGCUCAGGAGCACCGCAAUCAGUGGUCGUUAGCGGCGGCAAUAAAGCCGUCACCACCGUCGCCACUGCUGGCACGACUGGUCUAACUGGCGACCAGCUUGUAAGCGGUAAAGCGACACCGGAAGAGAUUAAGGAAAAGAUGGAACAGCAGUUGCGUAUACAGCGGGCGGCUCAUCAGCAGAAGCGUGCUCUAGAGACUUACAAAAAUCAGUCCACGAACUCGUCGCCUGCUACCCAACUCGUCAAAGUUACAGCCAAUUCCUCUCACGAUGGCACCGUCAAAUUGGUUUCGAAAGUCGCGAUUCCAGCGAACCCGAAUAGUACGAAGUCGCAGUUGACUUCUCUCUUAACGACUCCUACGCAAAACAAAACUUUCAUCGGUACACGGCGUAUUUAUAUGACGAAAUCUGCGGAUGGAACUACCAAGGUUGUGUCUGGCCCUACCAGUAUUUUACCAAAAACGCCGCAAACCCCAGGAGUAAACCAGCAAUCCUUGAUCAGGGUGACGCCAACGAGCACUGCUUCACCAGUGCAAGUGCAGCAAAGAGUGCAAAUUCUUAGAGGGCCGGACGGAAAGUUGCAGGUGCGCGGGUUGUUGCCUGGCCAGCAGUUGGUUCAGAUGCCGGAUGGAAAACUGCAUGUGCUGAAUGUAAGCCAAACUGUGGGCACUACACAAGGCGCUCAAACAAAUUCGACAACAUCUACAACUCCAAAAGCAAAGACUGUGACUGCCGUUAGUAAAACGGCGACGGAGAGUACGACUGUGACUAAGACCAGUCCGACUGCAAAGGCAACGGCAAAUUCGACGGUACAACAAGCGCAAACGCCGCAACAAGCUCAGGUGGUGCAAACUGUUCAACGCGUAAAAUCCGCAACCAUGACUCUGACACCCGCCACAGCUGCUCAAGCAACGAAGAAUGCCAUCGUGGUCACCAACACAGGACAAACCGCGCAGGUAAUAUCUUCCGGUGGUCAAGUAAUAAGCGGCAGUCCGAUAAUGGUCACAAACGCAAACCUGGUCCAGCAAUUGGCGUCAGGUAAAGCCCAGUUGACUGCGAUCGGCAACCAAGUUGUAAUACGUAACGCGUCCAAUCAAAUUGUGCAUGUAAACUCGGCUAAUGGUGGCUUUAUCGUGAAAAGUCCCGUUGCUGCCAAUAAACAACAAGCUUUGCAAGCCACACAAACUUCAAUAGUUGCGCAAUCAGUCGCAACUACUAACACGAGCACGACGACGACCACCGCAGUUUCCGCCGCGUCAGUGACGACGACUCAGAGUUCCGCCACGACUCCAACUCCGGGCAGUAUCGAGGCUUCUUUAUUAGCAGGGCAACCACCUGGCACAGUAAUCAAGUGUGUGACAGCGCAAGUUAUCAGUACAGCCGAGGGCCCGCGGAUUGUACUGCAGGGUUUGCAAGGCUCGGAUUUCACGCCGCAGCAAUUAAAUAUGGUGCAGCAACAAGUUAAACAGCAACUUUUGAAAGCACACGCAGCGACCGGUAAGCAAGGCGUUUUGGGGCCAACAAAGAUUUACUUGGCCGUUCAACCAGCCCAAUCAUCCAACAAUCAGCAACAGCAAUCUCAGAAUUCUCAAACUUCGUCAGUUACAAAUACCCCAGUAUCGUCAACUCCAAAACAGCAACAGUCUACAAUGUCCCCGUCGGCUACCAGUGAGCCGCAAAGUGCCACCGAAACCAUUCCAGAAACUCCACAAGCGGCAACGCCAAAAUCGGCGGACAAACCGAAAGUGGUCGUUCAGCAAGUGGGACGCGUGGUAAACGCAACAGAGAACGACACGCAAAAAGCGAAUAUAGCUAACGGACAGCAACCAUCAUCGCAAACGGUGAAAGAAGGAAGCGACUCGGCGCCGAAUAAAUUUAUAUUGACCCCAGAAUAUGUUCAACAAACAAUCAAAACUGCUUUGAAACAAGAGAACCUGACUCCGGAGAUAGAGGAGAAAUUGUUGUUACUACAACGUUACCAGGAAAAGCAAAUGAAAGGUGGCGUAGAGAAUUCGGUGACUAGCAAUCAGACUCAUAAUUCGCCCGCGGCAACGACGCCGCGGCCGCCGACGCGCAAACGGCCGGCGCCAUCGUCGAACAUUCCAGCAGCAACAGCAGCGGUGACGACGCCGAUAAACGCGCAAUUGUCAGGUGGAGUCGGCGACAAAGAUGAUAAAGAUUGGGUGGAGACACCCAGGAAAAGACCAGCACUGAAGCAAGAAAAUCGCGAAACGACCCCAAAAAUGCCGAAACUGUCGGAGACAUUAGAUAACGAGUCACCACCUAAGAACCGCUCCGCAAAAUUGAAAGACACCCAAGAGCAGCGGAGAAAACAGCAAGUGUAUUCCCGAAUGCAGGUUUUAUUGUUCCGGCACAAGGAACUUCUUAAAAAAGAUAUUCUUAAAAAGAGAGCUUUACUCGAGAAAGAGCUUCAAAUCGAUAUACAGAAGGACCUAUCAGCGGAACUCGCCACCAGGACGAAAGCAGAGAGACACAAACAAGACGAGGUAAAAGUUGGCAGCGCGAAGCGAAAGGCAAAUGCUCAAGUGGCACAACAGGUUAGCCCGUCCAGUCGAAGUGGUGGUAGCAGGCCGAAAAAGCAUAAGGGCCAUGGUAACAGUACAACGCCUCCUGGAGGUUCGACGGCCGCGUCUCGCAUCAAGAAAGAGAAACUAUAUUGUUUAUGCAGAACUCCUUACGACGAAACCAAGUUUUAUGUGGGAUGUGACUUAUGCAAUAAUUGGUUCCACGGUGACUGCGUGGGCAUAACGGAAGAAAUGAGCAAGUCUCUGUCAGAAUUUGUUUGUACAGAAUGCAGACACGCGAGAGAUACACAAGAAUUGUAUUGCCUAUGUAAACAGCCUUAUGACGAAUCUCAAUUUUACAUAUGCUGCGACAAAUGCCAAGAUUGGUUCCAUGGCCGAUGUGUUGGUAUUCUUCAAUCAGAGGCCGACAAUAUUGAUGAAUAUGUCUGUCCAAAUUGCCAACGCAAUUCUUCUGUCAACUUUGCUAAUAUGAAGAACCUCAAUGCAAAAGACCUCGAUCUGUUAAAGAAAUUAAUUAAACAAAUACAGGCUCAUAAAAGUGCAUGGCCGUUUAUGGAACCAGUAGACCCUAAUGAAGCGCCAGAUUAUUACAAAGUGAUAAAAGAACCAAUGGACUUGCAGACUAUUGAAUUAAGGAUAAAUGACCGGUCCUAUAAGAAACUGAGCGAGUUCAUCGGCGACAUGACAAAAAUAUUCGACAAUUGUCGGUAUUACAACCCGAAGGAAUCGCCUUUUUUCAAAUGCGCCGAAUCCCUGGAGACGUACUUCGUUCAUAAGAUUAAAAGUCUAAGGGAGAAGUUCUCGGAAGGAAAGUAAUUCAAUCAAAAAAAAAAAAACCCCGAUGUAGCCAUAUGUGGAACCGAAUCGAAUCGAAGUGGAAGUGCACAUGAAUCAAUUUAGUGCAGUGCGUUUUACGGAAAACAGAAAACGGAACAGUUUGUGCCAGUACAGUAUGUAGAAAAAAAAACUGAAACUCUCGGAAUAGAUUUAAGGUUGUAAAAGUAGAGAAGGCACCGGUUUCCGCUAUUUAUUAUAGUUGUGUGAACAUUUUUCUCUCCCCCUCUCACCUCCCUCACUGCAAUUUACUGAGUUCUCAGUUCCAGUUGUGCUGUACGAAGUGUGAAUUUUAGACCAGAACUUACCGCUUAUGCCGUGUCGGAUAAGUUGAUUUUUAUCUACGAAGAUAUACCUUCGUUUUGCCGUCUAUUAUUGCGUGAAAAAGAAAAAAUAAGCCAUAUAGCAAAAUUCACGUUUUUUUCAACAACAUUUACUUUUUUAACCAUUGCGUUAUUGAAGUAUAAUAUAUAAUUAUGUAACAUAGUUAUCUUUCUGUUCAUUACUGAAAGCCCCCUUUUAUUCGUUAUCUUUUUUAGACAUGUGGAAAUGGGGAAGGUUUGACAGACCACAAGGUCGUUUUGUUCUUUUAACACGCUCACUAGCCGUCCAAUUUAACUCUUUACAGUCAUGACAAUGCAUCAUUUUCAAUCGCUCUUUAAACCCUCUUUACACUUCCUGCAACACUUCAAGUGAAAGAACCUCCUUUUACGAAAGUGAUUCCCUUCAGAGUUCAAGUAACGUUUAGUGAAAGUUUUGUAUUACGUCUCAUGCGCAUGUGCACGAAAAUGUUUAAAUAAGUUCCAUACUGUAGUUGGUACUCGCGAACAACGUUAUUAUGAAACCGCGUCCGCAAAACCGUACGAAAUGCAGAUUUGCCUCUUUCUCGCGUUAUAACAUUGCCUGUGUAUUUUUUACGGAAAAGAAAUGGAAGAUUCGAUUGGAAAGAAGGAAAUGGCGCAAAUUUGCAACGACGCGAUGCCCAUUGUGAGCAUAUAAAGUGAUGUGUAAAUGAUGACUCUCCUUGAGUCACGAAGUUAUCUCAUCUCCGGAAGCAAUACUACAAUGAGGUAAAAUUAUAAUGCGCGAGUUCACUUUAAGUCGUCUCUAAGAGAUUGGUCUUAUUUAAUUAUUUAUCAUUUUAAUAUUGAGUUCUCGCGCGGAGGUAUAUCAUUUCCUAUGCAACGAAUGAAUUGUAUCAGCCUUUAAAAGAAAUGUGAAGACAGAGUAUCUAACACCGACAUAAGUUAACAAAAAAUAUGAGCUUGAAUAGGUGAAAUUCAGGAUUGUGAAGGUUUAAAUCUACGCAUUACGAUAUAUAUCGACAAAAACCUGCAAGUUUAUUUUUUGUAUAUUGAGAAUCUUUUCCUGUACACAGGAAAAUACAUAUGUGUAAUAAUAAAUCUAAAUAUAUAUACAUAUGUAUAUACAUGCAUACGUAUAUAUAUUUAUAUAGGAUUCCAGGUAGAGAUAAUUUCGUGCGUAAAAUCGCCACGUUUACUUCGAGUUCAUGCAAUAGUUGUAAGUUGUGGUUCAGAAUUCAUGCGCCAUUCAUCAUGUUACGCUAUUAUUUAUGUAUGUAUAUACAAUAUGCGACCGUGAUAUCACGUCCGAUGGUCCGAGUCGCGUGAAAAAGGAGAAACGAUUGGCUAUCUGACGAGUACACUUGAGACGGUCGAAAAAAAUGCUACUCCACUUUACUAUUUCUUUAUAAUGUAUCCGACGUGAAAGAAAGGGAAAGCAAAGGAAAGCAGUUGUGUCAUCGUAUAGCCGUAAGACUAUUUUUUAGGAUUACACGCAUAAUAAAUUGUACAAAUUCGUUUAUCGUCUCGUGCUCACACAAGCUAGCGAUUACGAUUCUAUUUACUUAUGCGUUGUUUUAAUCACAUAAAUAAAUUUUCUAUGAAAUUGUUUAUAAUCGACGAUUCACAUUUAGGCGUUUAGAUUGUAAGGGACGGGCAGCGUUGGCUGCUUAUGUAUAUAUACGCAACACCACACAACUACACACAGAUAUGAAAAAAAAAGGAAAGUUUAUCUGGAAAAGAAAGGCAAUUGUAGAAUUCUUUGAUUUCCAAACAAGGAGAAAAUAAAAAGCCAGUGAAAAGUACA